UGCUUCCCUUCACUUCUGUGUUCCGUCUCACUUUUCAAAGCUCUACGGGACGCCAUUGUGUGCGCCUGCGCCUUCGCCAUGCCGUGGAGGCGACGGAGCGGGUGGCUCUUGACCUUGGCAGCUCUUGCUGCAGGUUGCACCGAAGACUCCUGUGAAGAGGACUGGGUCCUUGAUCAAUUGGUGGAUGCAGAGUCAGAGUCGGAACUCCUGGACGUCCGACUGCUCCAGACUCAAUUCACACAGCACCGUGGCCCGGUGAAGCAGGAAGAGCCCGUCCAAUCUGACCACGUCAUGUCGGUCGAUCACAACGGUAAGGUCUGCAUGCUUUGCAACCAACCCUUGCCUGAGCGGAUCACUCGGCCAUAUGAGGCCUUCCGGAAGGACUGCGGGAAGUACAGCUCGCCCAGUGGACCCAGCUUGGAUAUCAUGGCUUUGCCUGCAGUACAACUGGGAGGUGGUGCGGCGGAAGGCUUCUGUGCCCUGAACUUUGCCAAGAGCUGUGCCGAUGCCGUGGCCAACCAGGACUACCUCUACUUCGCGAAGGGCAUCGACUUUAAUCACCCUUCCAUGAGCUCGAACGUCCGCUGGGAUGGUCGCUAUUGCCGGUUGAAUGGCUUCCUGGAGACCCAGGUGCUCCAGCUACACCGCAACUUCACUGCUUUACAGCAGCACGCGGAUGAGCUUUGUCGAACCAAGUAUGCCAAGCAUGGCAUUGAGCGGCUUUCCUUCCUGGACAUGCUGCAGCUUUCCAAGCAAGAGGACAGCAAUGCUCCUAGCCUGGAAGAGGCGGAGAUGAUGGCUGCCUGGAAUUGCGCGAUGGGAGAUCUCGGCUGCGACAUGGCGAUGUGUGCUUAUUCCUUUUGCAAGCAGGGUGACAGUCACACCGCGCUCUAUGGUGAAUGCCCAGGUUGGACUCCGGUCGAGGGCAUGCCAGACGGCGGGUAGCCGCGCGGCGGCGAAGCGCGGCGGCGAAGCCUUCGGUGCCACACGGUCUGGACGUA